AAGCAGAGAAAGAAAAGAAAACGAAGUAAUAAUAAUUAUUUGAACAGCGAAAAAGGAAGAGAAGGAAGCUGUUAUUUAAAUUUAAAUUUUGUCAGACGGCAAAGGACAAUAUCUGAUCCGUAUCUGAAUUCGAUCCAUCAGCAUUUUUUAUGCGAAAGAAGGCACGUGACGUGACGAGGAAAAAAAUUUGCAUAGAAUUUUCGGGCGACGAAAACUUUCGUCACCACGCGGAACUAUCGAAAAGUCAUUGAGCCGACAUUAGGCACAGUUUGCAUCUCAAGCUGUGACGAGCUUAUCAAAGUUCUCGUGAUCGAUGGGUUCGCAUAACUUUCUACUUUCAAGAAUAAUAUCUUCCGAAUUGUCUUAAACUUUUCCAUAUACAUAUACUUUUCUUUCACGUGUUUAAAUCUUUAUUAUCUUCAUUAAAAUAGAUAAAGAUUAUUUCGCGACCACGAGGACCAUUCGAAGAAAAGAAUUCGAUGGAUUUUGCAACGAGAGCACGAGAAACGAGAACAAUUUCGAAUUCCUGCCGCAUUUGCAUCGAAUUACAGACAGAUUGCUCGUGUCCAGCACCCGCCGCAUAACAUAUGUUACACACGCGUGCGUAAACACAACGACAGAUAGAUUCGUGCAAACAGAGGCGAAUAAUCCGCGCCAUGUGUAUUGCCUUGCCUUUUAUUGAACGAAUGCCAAUGAGAAUUCGACUCGCUAUCAGCUCUAUCAUUUCGAGGAGGCAAGGAUGAUUCUCCUCCGGACGCGUCCACACGAUAAUAACGCUUGGAACGUAGUUAUCCUGUGAAAUAAAAAUAUUAUGGCAGGUUAACGCUCACACGCGACCACCGUCACCGUCACCACUCCCUCCCUCGACAAGCCAUUAAGAAGUCAGUCGACAGUCAGGCAAGAGAUCUCUGGCGGAGGGUUGACGGCGGUAAUGACCAGUGUCGGUGAGACUGGUGGUUCUGGGAGGGUGCGGCGAAUCCACCGUGGCAUCAUCCACCAGGAGGACUCUCUCUCCUCCUCGAGGUGGUUUACCACCGACGAGGCUGGGCGAAUGCUCCACGUCACCGAUGCAUUAUUGAGCCUGGGAACCCUACAGGUGGCCAGCCGUUCCGUUCGAACGAGAAAGAGCCGAGGGCCUCGAUUCAAGAGGGAGCACGCGCUCUUUCUCUCUCUCUCUCUCUCUCUCGAAUCGAGGGAUAUGGAGAACCAGAAGAGGUGGAGAACAAGCGAAAGGGGUUUGCAAAAGUCAAUGGAAGAGGAUAUUUCCCCCACCUUUUUCUCGAGACUCUGUUCUUCGAGCAAACUGUUUCACGUUUUUUCGGAGACUGUUGUUUCGGAGAGGGAUCUCGAAGAGGUAUUCUUGGGGAAGGAGGAAAAUGUCGAUUAACAGCGUUCUAAUAGCUUGAGGUUGAACUUGAAGUCAAUAAGUCGCGAGCAUCGAGAAAAUCGAACGACGUUUAACAAUCGUCCAACUUCUCAUUACGUGUUGCAAUAUGCAACGACGGCUAUAACUUGGAAUGGAGGAAUCACGAUAACCGAGAAUCGCGUUGCGCUACUCGAAAGCUCUAAGUUAAUUAUUUUCGUAGAGAGAAUAAUCCGGUUGGUUAAAAGGAAAUUAAGUUAAGAAGAAUUAGAAAAAAGGUUUUAUAUAAUUUCACGCAAUAAUUUGGAUAAUUGCAUUUUGAUGACCAGGUUUCAGGACGGAAAAAUGGAAGACAACAGCCGGGGCGAAAGUUUGUGCAAAGUUUGCGGUGAUAAAGCGUCCGGAAAGCAUUAUGGGGUCCCGAGUUGCGACGGAUGUCGCGGCUUCUUCAAGCGGUCGAUCCGCAGGUAUGCAAGAAACCUCGAUUACGUUUGCAAGGAGAACGGACGUUGUAUCGUGGACGUUUCUCGUCGCAAUCAAUGCCAGGCAUGUCGAUUUACCAAGUGCCUUCAGGUCAACAUGAAACGAGAUGCGGUGCAACACGAAAGAGCUCCACGAAAUACAUCGUCCCUGGUUGCAGCCGCAAGGAGAGGUCCCUCGGGAUUAUAUCCUGGAAUUCCGCACGUUUAUCACGCAGCGAGCAACCCUUACCAUCCCCUUCUGUAUCCCGCGCUGUUCCCUUUCAAGCCGACCAUGUCGGCUUUCACUCCGUCGGUCGCGCAUUUUUUACCCCGUUCACCGACCACGGAAUCGUUGACAGUGAACGCCGCGAAAGAGGACGAAGUGACAAGUUCGGAGGAAGCUGGCUCGAUCGACGCUAGAAUCGAACCGAAGGAGGAGUUGGCAAGCGCUCGAUUAACACCAUCGUCCAUCGCUAAUCCUGCCUCGACCGAAUACAUCUCCAGCUUCUCCAUCCUACCCACGGAAAAUAUCUACGAAUUCGCAGCGAAAUUGCUCUUCUUUGCUGUCAGAUGGGCGAGAAGUAUUCAUUCCUUUUUGCAACUGCCCUACAGAGACCAGACUAUCCUACUGGAGGAAUCUUGGAGCGAGCUUUUCGUGCUCACCGCCGCGCAAUGGAACUUCCCCGUGGAAGAGGCCGCUCUUGUACCGAACGAUUUAUCAUCCGAAAGAAAGGAGACGCUGGUCGACGAGGCGAGGAAAUUGAGGGAAUUGUUGGCAAAAUGCGCUCUCCUCAGGGUCGAUCAUUCGGAAUACGCUUGCCUCAAGGCUAUAGUUCUUUUCAAAGGGGAGUCGCGAGGGCUGUGCGAGCCGGGGCGAAUAACGGCGUUGCAGGAGCAAACGGUGGCCGUGUUUUGCGAAAGGGAUGCGCGACGAGUCGGACGACUUUUACUGUUGUUACCCUCUGCGCGAGCGCUCUGCCGAUCAACCCUUCAGGAACUGCUGUUCAAACCGACAGUGGGGGAUGUUAGCGUGGAACGAUUGUUGGGCGACAUGGUCAGCGCUCUCAGACCUACAUAACGCCGAUUCGACUCGGUCGAUAUAACGCUUCUCAAACGGAUAACCAAUUUAUACCGACGAUUAUUUCAAAGAUAAUUCUACUACUUUCGAUCGAUCCUUUCUUCUUUUCUCUCUCUCUCUCUCUUCUCGAAUUUCCAAUCCCGGUUCAAAGAGAAAAUGAGACGAAAGUUUGAAAAUUUUACGUAAAGUCUAGUCAAUUGUUCGCAUCGAUUGUAAAUUACGAUGUAAUUCCGUUAAAUAAUGCAAUCUUGAAUGAUGUAAAUAUAUUAGAAAUAAGAAUGUUCCAGUAAUAAUUAGUAGAACGAAAGAACGUUGCUUUUUCUAAUUGCGAAAUUAUAUUUCUUCUUUUUUUUUUUCUAAAGAAAUCUUUGCCGAUAAAAUUAAAACGUUAGCAUUUUUCGAAACUAUAUAUAUUUUCGAGAUAUGCGAAAGAAUAUAGUCGAAGAUAUUUACUUUUAUGGAUAAGAAAGUUAUGGAAAAUUGAUAGAGAUUAUAUACGAUAUAGGCAACGCGUGUUUCAUUUCAGCAAAACCCUCUGAAUUUCUGAAACGUUUAUUCUCACAUCACAACAAUAAAAUUCGUUUACACAGUGUAUGGGCGUCUGCGACGAUAAAUAAAAUUACUUUAUAUGGAUGAUUAUCGGGAAGAUUGGCAUCAAAGAAAAAAAAAGAGACACUAACGCACACUAUUUUUUUUUUUUUAUUAACUAGAAUAAUUUAUUCUUUCAUGGUAGAAAAAGGAGAAUGUAUCUUAACUCAUGGACUGCAUUGUACUCAUAUAUAUAUAUAUAUAUAUAUAUAUAUAUAUAUAUAUUGUAUAUAUAUAUAUAUAUACAAUUACAUACAAUCCUCAAUUGAACGUUACACAUAAAUUCAUUAUAGAUUUCCUUGUCCUCGUGUGUUUCUGCGUGUGUAUGCGUGUAAAAAAUUGUUCGUCAACCCAAAAGAGACAACUGUCACUUCUUUCUUUUUCAUUUUCACUUCUUCUGUCGUUUCACUGUCCGGAAUAAUGAUAUAAAAAAAAAAAAAAAAAA